CAUCUUCCGCUGAAUAUUCACACUUCACAGUACCAUGAGUACUAUUCGAGUCAUCUCCAGCACCACCAUCAAGGCACCGAGUCAGAACGACGGUGACUCAGCUGAGAAAAUCGAUUUACCACCAUGGGAUCUCCAAUUCCUGUUACUUGAAACCAUCCAAAAAGGCCUUCUCUUCCACACAAAAAACCACCAAAUCCACCACCUCCAACACUCCCUUUCCUCCACUCUCUCCUUCUUCCCACCCCUCGCCGGCCGCCUCGUCAUCACGCGCCACCAUGACAACAACAACAACAACUCCACCGCCACCUGUCACAUCACAUGCAACAACGCCGGCGUACUGUUCGUCCACGCCGCAGCAGAAAACACCUCUGUCGCUGACAUCCUUCUACCCAACUACGUCCCUCCCAUUGUCCACUCCUUCUUCGCACUCAACGGAGCUAAAAACCACGAAGGCACCUCACAGCCGUUGCUGGCGGUGCAGGCGACGGAGCUGCUCGAUGGCCUCUUCAUCGGCUUCACAAUAAACCACUCUGUUGUUGACGGCAAGUCGUUUUGGCUUUUCGUCAACUCCUGGGCUGAAAUCUCACGGGGUUCCCUUAAUCCAUCAAAAUCCCCUGUUUUUCAACGUUGGUUUCCAAACUGCAUUGAAGUUCCAAUUCGAUUUCCAUUCACAGAGAAGCAAGCAGCUCAACAGUGCUCUGAGAAAAUCCUCAACCCUCCCCCUGAGAGGAUCUUCCAUUUCACGAAGGAGAAAAUUGCGGAGCUCAAGAUGAAAGCUAACAUGGAAGGUAACACGAAUCGUGUAUCUUCUCUACAAGCGCUUUUGACUCACCUAUGGCGGUCUGUGAUUCGUUGCAAACAGGUUAAACUGGAAGAAGAUGUGAGUUACUUCUUGAGUAUAGGAGUUAGGACCAGGAUGGUUCCACCAUUGCCGGAGGACUAUUUCGGAAACGCGUUGGUGGUGGGUGGUGUUACCAUGAAAGCAGGGGAGCUGGUGGUGGAAGGUGGGCUAGGGAAGGUUGCUAUGGAGAUGAAUAAGAUGGUUUGUUUGCAGUCUGAUGAGACGGUGAAGAAGGAGUAUGAGACUUGGGUGAAGAAACCGUUGCUGAUUUCGCCGACCAUGCUGAGCGUUAGUCAUUCCUUGGCCACCAGCAGUUCGCCGAGGUUCGAUGUUUACGGAAAUGAUUUUGGGUGGGGGAAGCCGGUGACUGUUCGGAGUGGCCGUGCCAAUAAAGGAUAUGGGAAGAUUACAGUGUUUGCUGGGGUAGAGGAAGGUAGCAUUGACAUUGAAGUGUGCCUUCCUAUUGAGAUUCUUGAGGCAUUGGGAAUUGACCCUGAGUUUACUCAUACAUUUUCCAAUUAAUGGAGGUUCAAACUUCAAAGCAAAACCUUGGUGUAGUUCAGUCCAUAUUUCAUUUCAGAUUCAUGAGUAUGAUUAUAAUAGUAUUAGUAUUAAUUCUUACUAGUAUUGAUCUCGCGCCAUGCAGGAUGAAAUAAGAUCACUUUAUUGACAUACAUAAGAAAUUUUUUAU